AUGAGGAUCCUCAUGUCUAGUUGCGUAGCUUUCCUUAUUUCAGCCAUAGUGUUGAUUCAAAUAUCAUUAAUUGACGCCAAAUUGGAACAGCAAUUGAAAGAUGAACAAAUCGAAUUGAAUCGACGAUGUAGGAUUUGGAAUGGUUGUAAUCCGUCUCCUAAUCGAUGGAAAUUCAUGGUCGCUUUGUUUAAAUUGGCAGCACAAUCAGAACCUGGCAUCUUCAAACCCAGAAUUCAUUGCACGGGUGAGAUUCUCAACGAAUACCAUAUUCUUACAGCCGCUCAUUGUGUAUACAAUCAAUCUUGGACGGAUCUUUACGUAUUGGUCGGUAGCCAUUCAUUGUUUGGAUCAUAUCACAAUGUCGAUAAUGUACGUCAGAUUCAUUCAGUACAGGUUCACGCAAAAUAUCGACCUACACGUAAUGGAUUCUCUCCACAUGAUAUGGCCAUAAUCAAACUAAAUGAACCGGUUUCAUUCGACCGUUAUGUAGGUCCAGUUCCAUUGCCGAAACCAUUUGGUCAACACAGCAAAUUUUGUUACACAUUGGGCUAUGGUAAAGAACGGGACCAGUCAAACCUAUACACACCUAUAGGGCAUAGAUAUUUGAUUCAUCAAUUGCCCCGUCUACGACAAGUUCGUUUGCCGGUGAUUGAUCCAAACAUAUGCAAACGGAUUUCACAAUCAAAAUUCUAUCGUAGCCAUCAACUUUGCGCUGGUUAUAUUCACUAUCGAGAUCUAAGUCAUUGGCUUAGUCCAAAAAUAGUUUCCAAAGGUGACUCUGGUGGCGCUCUCAUGUGUCGACAUAAAUUACGGAAUGAAACCCAGAGUUAUGUUCUGAUCGGUCUGGCAACAGGUGGUAAACGGCCCAAAUGGUUCAAACGAGCUGAUAGCCUUUUUAUAAGCUAUUAUGCUGAUAUAAAAUAUCACUUGAAUUGGAUUCGAUCACAUUCAGAAAUUGGAUCAAUUUCUUUGCAUAAUAAAUAAAUGUGUAGUUGAUCCAAUCAAACAG